UCUGCCGCUCUUCCUUUUCAAUAUUCUAUAGCAGCGAUAUAUGAUAGCACCGCUGAUCAUCGGAAUCCACGUUCCCGCGACAGUCCUCUCCUCCAACCCCCUGGUCGGAUCCAGCUCGAUCAAUCGGAUCCUGCUCUACUGAUCCGUCUGGUCGGGUCUGAUCCGUCCGGAUCGGGUCAUAUCGGGUUGUAUCUUAGUCCUCUCUCCGACACCAUCCAAUCCAGCUCUUUCUGCGAGAGCUGGUUGGGUUUGGGACUGAUCCGUCGAGAUCGGUUCGUAUCUAAAAAAGAUCCGACCGCAUCUGAUUUGAUCGGGUCGGAUCUGAACAAACCCCCAUAAUUCAGUGGUGUGCGCCUUGUCGCUCGAGUACCGCUCAAGACCGCCUUGCAAGCGUUAUCGCUCGUGUACCGCUUUCGUUCAUGUCUGUAGAUGAUACGAACGUUAUUUCUACGUUUCCGGGUUGUGUAGUGAAAUGGUAUUUCAGUUGUUUAAUCUCGAAAAAAAAAAAAGAAGAAAAAAGGAAGGAUUGCGAUGGGACAGGCAGUGGCUAGUUGUAAAUUCGAAAGGGAGAGCCUACACCCAAAGAGUCGAACCGAAGCUUGCUUUGGUAGUUCCGGAGCUUCCUAAUGAUGCUUUCUUGGAAGAUUGGGUGCCCUCUGCUAAUUCCUACUUAGUUCUGAAAGCGCCGGGAAUGAGUCCGCUGAAGGUCUCUUUGAGCCAGCCUGGUCAAAUAACUGAAGGCAUCUCGGUGUGGGAAUGGAGUGGCUCUGCUCUGGAUGAAGGAGAAGAAGCUGCAAAGUGGUUCUCAGAUUAUCUCGGGAAACCCAGUAGGCUAGUACGUUUCAAUGCCGACUCACAAAAGAGGCCUGUCGAUGCAAAGUAUGCUCCAGGACACAAAACUAUGUUUUCCGACGGAUAUCCAUUUCUGCUGAUAUCUCAGGGAUCAUUGGACGCCCUUAAUGAACUUCUCAAGGAGCCAGUACCCAUAAAUCGUUUCAGACCAAACAUCCUUGUUAAUGGGUGUAAGCCGUUCUCGGAGGACCUGUGGACCGAGAUCAAAAUAAACAAGUUCACAUUUUCAGGCGUCAAGCUAUGUUCUCGUUGUAAGGUGCCAACGAUCAAUCAAGAGACAGGUGUAGCCGGGUCUGAGCCAACUGAAACCCUGAAGACAUUCCGCUCAGAUAAGGCCUUGCGUCCAAAUGGAAAACCGCGGGGACUGAUUUAUUUCGGGCAGAACUUGGUAUUGAAAGAGAGUCUAGCAGGAGUAAAGGGCAAGAUCAUCAAAGCUGGGGAUCCUGUGAAUGUCCUAAAGAUGGUCUCCUCACCUGCUGAAGCAGCAGUAUGAAAUUAUAAUCAACUCUAGAUUGUAUCAAUAAUGCUACCUUAUUUAUUGAAUGGACCUAUAUAAGAAGGUUAUAUAACUCAUGUCUA